GUUGUCGCAAUUGUCAACGCACGUGGGUUUCUUUUCAAAAGUUUGUCAAAGUGAAUUUGUGACUAUUAGACAGAAUAAAACAAUACUAGAAUAAAAUGAACGAUCAAGAAUAUGAACAGGAGGAAGAAUACAGACAAGAAGAAUAUGGUGAGGAGGAAGGAUACAGACAAGAAGAAUAUGGUGAGGAGGAAGAAUACGGACAAGAAGGAUAUGGUGAGGAGGAAGAAUACGGACAAGAAGAAGAAUAUGGAGAACAAGAACAAUAUGAUAACGAAGCCGAUGGAAAUGAAGGGAAUUCGAAUAUAGUAGAAGAGCCGUUCAAGGAAAUUCCAAGAUUUGACCCUGCUAAAAAGUCUCACAAAGAAUUUGAAGUGAAAUAUAAACCAUCUCAAAAGGGAAAUGAAAAUGAUUCAAAAAUUGACAAAAGCAAAGUCAAAUCAGAUGAAAAAUUGUACUUCUUUGACAAAUCACUGAAAGAUAAGUUAACAAACGAUUCAGACUUCAGCUUGUUGAACCUGUUCGGACAAACACAAAAAGCAAAUAUUCCAGAACGCAAACAGAAAGAGGCCAAAGAGAAUCUCUUCUACAAUGUUGACAAACAUAAACAUUUUGACUUAUAUGACAAACAUAUGGAUUAUCAUCAGCCUAUUCAGGAUUUCCAUGAAAAAGAAACAUCUAAACCAAGCAAUAGUACCUCAAAAUCUUGGUGGGAAAAUAAUCUAUUUUUCUCGUACCCUGAUGAUUCAAGACUAAAAGAAGGAGUUGAGUUCUUCAACAAUGUAGUCACGAUUCACAAUGAACAAUUCAAGAACAAACGGAACCAAAUUAAAAAAAUUAUAAAAGCAAAGAUAAAGAAUAACUUAUCAAAGAAAAAACAAACCUUUCCCUCAGUGCGUCUUGCACCUAAAAGUAGAAUUUAUGCUAUGAAAAUGAGAUAUCACAAAAAGUUUAGGUCAUCUCAUAAAAAAUAGUCAAUUUAUGUUUAAAUUUGACACGUGGGUAUGUUUCAAAAAUAAUUUUUAAAAG